CACUUUGGAAACGCCUUGUCUCAUGUCCUUGUGUGGCGCAGAUCUAUCCUUCCAAAGCCAUCUUGCUCGUCAAUUGCACUGCUGUAGAAAGGCGCUCGAAGCAAUGCGGCCGAUCGUACUGCUCUUUUCCCUGCUUGGACUGGUCGCUUUGCAAGCACCGACCGCGUUGAGCGACACGUUUUGCUUGAUCCGCGACAGCGAUGGCGACUACCUUUACGUCAAUUAUGUUGCCAAUACGGCCUCGUCUUGCCCGUCGUCUUGUCCUGUGGGCUCCAUGACCUGCUAUGAUAGCGAUGACUGCAGAAGAUGCGUCACAGGUUGUUGUUCUGGCACGACUGGCUCGACCUCGAGCUGCGCAAGCAUCAGCUGCACUCCGAACGUAUCCUGUCCGUCAUCGAUUCAGUACGGCACUCUGGGCUCUUCCACACCGAGUGGACGAACGGCCUGGUCUACCGCAAACCUCAACUGUGCGGAAGGCUUUCGGUGCAGUUCAGAUACUUCCCAGACGAGCUGCACCACGCAGUGUCGGGCGGACGCAUCAAACAACGGCUACUGGAAUUCGGUCUGCGUGAAUGGCGGAUACUGUUUGUACUAUAAUGUUACCAACGCCGCCGUUACCUACACGAGCACCAUGUCAGCCUUUUCAUCGACCGUUGCAUGCAACCUCGGGUACCGCAUUUCGGUCGGUUUCUACAGUCAGACUUUGAGUUGCACCGAAUCGACGACGGGAUGGGGGACCAAACCGACUUGUUCCUCGUGGAAUUCAUAUUGCUCGGCGCCCUCGCUUACCCACGCAACGUUUAGCCCAAGCACCGCUGCGGCUAUAAACGGCGUCGCGACGCAAACCUGCGAUGCUGGCUACGUUAUUGCCAACACAAAUGUCCAGUCCUCGACAGUGACCUGCUCGGCGGACUCGCAGUCGAACGGUAAAUGGCUGACGUCGUCUGGAGACGCGCUUUCAUCCUGCCUUCAGUGCCCCACGUUGAACAUUCCGAAUGCAGACGUCUCGUUCAGCACCAACCAACUCACUGCCACCGUUUCAUGCCAAUCCGGGUACCGAUUCUCGGAUGACGCUCCAAGCAAAUCGCUCUCGUGCUCUGCGUCGGCCUCCUCCGCUUCUUGGUCGACCAUUCCGUCUUGUUUGAUGAUUCCAAGCACGACUCCCGUCAGCACGACGCCUGCGGUCAGCACAACUCCUGUGAUCAGCACAACUCCCGUGGUCAGCACAACUCCCGUGGUCAGCACGACGCCAGCGGUCAGCACAACUCCCGUGGUCAGCACAACUCCCGUGGUCAGCACAACUCCCGUCGUCAGCACAACUCCUGCAAUCAGCACGACUCCUGUGGUUAGCACAACUCCCGUGGUCAGCACAACUCCCGUGGUCAGCACAACCCCCGUGGUCAGCACAACUCCCGUGGUCAGCACAACCCCCGUGGUCAGCACAACCCCUGUACGCUCUACUACUUCCACGGCAAAAGGAAGCCUGACUCCCACUGCACAUUCCAACAACCCGAUCACGGGCUCUCAAAGCUCUUCGUCGCCGAUUGCAGCUAUUGCCGGCGCCAUUGCCGCUGUAGUUGUCGCCUUGAUUGUCAUUGCCCUCGUGGUGAUUCGUCGCCGGCGAGCAAAGCGUGCUCCAUUGGACCACCAUAAUCCCAACAGUGGCACAGCUCCUUCUGUCGUCAAUCCUCUGUUUGCCUCUCAACUGGGCCGUCCCUCGUCGUCGUCGAGCUUCAGCUCGGUCUCGCCGCUCAACAAGAGCCAGCUUUCAACGAGUUCAGACUCUUCGGUGUAUGCCGUUCCCAGGGAAUUACACUCGCAGGGCGACGGUGAAUACGAUGAGCUCCAGAAGCGACCUUCGGGGCCACCGGCGACAACAUACGCGAGCCUGAUAGGAGCACGUGUAGACUAUCCGCAGUAUGCUGCACCGCACGAAGCCGGCACGUCUCGCUGGUCCGAGCCACGCCAAGUUCCGCGGCACUUUUCGUUUGACGAAUCUGGGCUGGAAACGCAAACGCAAUGGGUCACUGCGAACGCUCGUCAGUAUCAGACUGGAGCGUCGUUUCUACCAACCGCGGGGGACGAGGUCGUUAUUGCCAAGGGCACAGGCACAGGCGCUACGGCUUCGUGUCCGACAGGAAAAGUCGUGGCGUGGGGCUUCAAAUGGGCAUGGUCGACAAACCAAGCAAGCUUGCCAAACUGCUUUCAAGGCAACAAUGCUGCAUGCACUAGCGGUGCACCGAACUGCUCCAGUCAAGCGUGCGCUACUUCCUCGGGCACGACGAAGCAGUACGUUGUGAUUGUCUGCCGAGACGCUCCUGUUGCUGGCCUAAGCCAGGUCACCCAAUUUGGCCCGGGCGCACAAAGCGUGAGCUGCCCCAGCGACACGGUUAUUGCGUACGGCUUUUCGCUCUUUACGAGCGAUUCGCACAAUGGGCAGGCGUGCAUGCGCCGCAAUAGCGACGCUUGCACUCCCGGCGCGAAAUCUUGUGCAACAACGGCCUGCAACACAAGGGCGUGCUCGUCUGGCGAUCAAGGCAACGAGUCUUCUUUCAUUUACUUGAUCUGCCAGCCUGCGACUGACGUGACCAUAAGCUCAACCGACAUCGUAGCAGCUGCAGCCAAAGCCUCAAGAUCGCUUCAAUGUGCUACAACCAACACCCGCCUGAUGUUUGGCGUUGCGAUGCAAACCAGCGCCAAAAACCUACCAGGUCGUUUACCCCAGUGUGUUGACUCCAACAACAAGCUGGCGACCUUUAAUUCGUCCGUGCUGCAAACUGCCGCAUGCAGUACCUACCAAAACAACGAUUGCACAAACGACUUGUUUUUCCUUCAAGGCAUUUGCGUCGAUGUGACUCCCCCGACUGCGCCUGGGUCUGUCUCGACUUCCGUCCAAAGUCAAGAUGUGACUGUCACUUUUGUCAAUUCUACAGAUGCCGAGUCUGAGAUUGACCAUUACGAGUGCCAAUUCUCACCAAGCGGCAGCUGGUCGACCUGCGCGAAGAAUCAAGUGUUUACCCUGGAGCUGGGCGCCUAUUCCCUCCGGGUGCGCGCUGUGAACGGGGCAGGUUUGAUUCAGUCCAGCGCAGGCUACGACUUUACCAUUGCAUGCAACGCCAGCUGCGAAACUUGUGUCGCGACCAACGUGGAUCAGUGUACCUUUUGCGCCGCGGGAUUCUACAUGAUCCUGGGCCAGUGCGUCGCGUCCUGUCCUGAAAAUUACCAGCCAAAGCAAGCAUCACGCUCUUGUGUGUUGUCAUCCUCCACGUCUUCUCCGAGCAGCUCAGCCAACACUGCUGCCAUCGCUGGUGGUGCGGCUGGUGGGGCUGUCCUGCUUGUCCUAAUUCUGGUACUUGCAGUUCUACUGACACGUCGUCGUCGUGCUCGUACACCCGUGUCUUCGCAGUCAAAAGCAAACACCAUUUUCAAUCCAGUUUUUGAAUCCGGCCCUGCGGCUCCAGCGCCUGACUAUGAAUCCGCCGCUCAUGAUUCCGAGACAUCGCCAGCAGCCCCUGUUCCGGCAGCCACUCGCCCGCGGUUGCCUCCAGCCGAGCUGAAUAUUCCUCAAGUGGCGACGCGGCAUCAGAUGGAGGUUUGUUCCGAGUACGCUUCGAUUCAGCGUGACGGACCCGUGUUGGCAGUAUCAGACGGCAUUUAUUCGACCGUUGCGCGCCGAAAUGCUGCUGCUGGUGCCAGAAAGGAGACUGUUUAUGCCGAUAUCGACAUUUAGACUGCUUGCUUCUUUGGUUGUGUUGUGAGAUUGGUUGUUGUUAGCUGUGCUUCAUUGGAUGUUCUCAUGCUGUUAGCUUGUUUGCUGUUGGAUGUUUUCUCUUCUCUGUUCAAUACGUUGUUCGUUCUC